UCGCUACCGGAACUUCAAUAAUUUCCUGCCCUUUCACGGCUCCGCUAGCUGCAAUUCUCCUACAAGAGGACCUAGUUCCACCGUCUAUUCUCUUGGAGCCUGUGACCUCGCUACGUUCGGUCACGCCCCCAUAGCCUUCCCUUCGAAUUUGUGACCAUGGCUGCUCUGGUCCAGUCCUAUCCCCAAUCGACUGGAACCGUCACUCUGCUCCAUACGCGACCUACAUCCGCCUCAGGCAUGCUGCCGACACAGUCUCAACAGGCCCAGCAAUAUGGUCACGGAGCGUCUCAGCAAAGAAAUGGCCUUCAUGGCAUGCAGGGAGCAGUCGGAAGACCCAUUGUAUAUCGCGGCAGCGCUGCACCUGUCCAGCCAUAUGCCUUCACUAGCACACCAAGUUUGAAUCGGGAUUUACAGUGGCAGCAAUCCAGGACAUCCCGGACAACUUCGAUGCCCGCAGUGCCGACAGUUCAGACAUUUGACCAGAACCAGAAUGCUGGCCGCCCUCGCUACCUUCCCAGCGCCUCGAUGACAAAUUUGCCCAGCGGCUCGACACUCGGAUACUCUCCUGCAACUUCUCUGGACGACUCUUCGAUAGCUGCCAGGGGCAUCAGGCGGGUGGCGACCUCAUCUCGGCCCCAGUCUGCCUAUUUGACAGCGACGCCUCCACCGGCGACCCUCGCGCAACCCCAAACAUCGCCGGUCAGGAUCUCACCUGAGAGAUACAGGCGGCCAACUUCCCGCAAUGUUGAUUCCUCUUCUGCUUCUGGCCCGCAGGUGCACCCGCAGCCUUCCGCACCCCCAUCGGGGUUGGGUAUGGCGAACGUCAACCAUUUGUACGGCCAGCGUACCCUGGCUGAGCAGAAAGCUACCGUUGUGCGAAACCAACAAACUACUCAGGCCGCCAGGCCCACCAGCUUUGUCGGCUCUGCGGCUGAUGAUAUGCAGCUCAAUCGGACUGCUUCGCAUGAAGAAGCGAGAAGGUUUCGGCGGCGCAGCCUGCCAUCUUUGGAUUCAGCCGGUUUCCCCAAGCUCCUGACCCCACCUGACCACGCAAAGCAAUCGGACGAAUCGUCCCAGCAGGAUGAAGUAGCGCCACUAGACAGCGCCGAAAAGCAGCAGCAAAAGUCUGCAAGGCUGGCUGCGACCAUUAUGGCCGCUGAAAAUAGCAAGGCCUCGCACGUUCGUAGGGGCAGUUCUGAGAGCCUCGUCUCCAGCCUUAGCGGCAGCUCUCGCCCUUCAUCGUCUGCCAACCGCAACACCAACGUAUCCGCCCCCACCGGUAACCCCGCCCUGCUCUCUUCACAGGCUACCGAUCACAACCAAGAUUACAGGCUUGUAAACAUUCCCCCCCGAAGCUCAUCCUCCGAUGCCGCCACUACGAGCCGGGUCGCCAAUCCGUCUCCCCUUUCCCAACCGGUCGCAAUGGACUCGGAGACGGAGAAGCGCCCGCCAAGCGCGGGAACCGCCGGUGCCAAUGCAUCCCCAACGCUUCCAGCCUCUCCGACUAAUCAAAUCGAGAGCGCUGCCGUGAAACACCUCGCUGCGAUAAGUGAGAGGAGCGGGAGGCUCAAGAGUAAGACGUCGAGGCUGCGACGUGCCUUCUCUUUCAGCAGCGCCGCCGAGUUCAGGAAGGCUGCCGGCCCCGAAAUGGACGCUGCCGAUAGCCCUCAUGACCUGGGCCCCGCCAAAUUGCACAAAGAUCCGUCCCCGGAAGAACUUUACGAUGCCGAGCAGGCCCGAAUUGCCCAGAAGCAAGAGGAGGCUGGGCUUGGGAAUAGCAUCUACUCGGGAGGAAGGUUCUUCUCUGGCUCGACGGAUAACAUAUCCGUCUCCUCAACUGCUUCCUCAGCCUCGAUCAUGAUUCGCAAGAUGGGGCGUGGCAUGAAGAAGGGUGGUCGUUCUUUGGUGGGCCUGUUCCGCCCCAAGUCGGUCAUCUCCAUCCCUGAUGCGGACGCGCAGUUGCCCGAAGCCAGCCAGGCUACUGUUUCGAUGGUCACCGUGGAGGCUGAACGUCAGAGAGUCAAUAUCAACGUUGACCCACAUGACCAGAAUGGAGGCGGCACUGGUUUUCCUCGGCUGGAGCGGAACUCGAUCGACGCAUCCAAGCCUCCCCGCUCGUCGUCUGACCGUGUGGGGAGCUCUGGGACGGAUAAUUCUGCAUCGAGAAGGAGCAUUGUUGGUGGUGAAAAGGAACGGGCAGAAGUCCUCGCAGCAGUGAGGAAGGGUAUUUUGAAGCAUACAAACCGUUCACCGAGCCCAAAGCCGUCUGAGGAGCGGGGAACAGUCCUGGACUUGCCAAAUGCACCUCAAAGUACCGAUUCUCCGAGCUCAACCGCACCGAGCACUCCGAACGACGAGGCCCAUGGCCACCGACGUACCGGUUCCAUUGCUAUUGGCAACGAGGACUACUUCGUGUCGGCUCUCAGACUCCGCCAGGACACAAAGAGUGCCCCCGGGACGCCGCAAGGCUCGGCCAAGCGCAACGCAACCUUCAGUCCUCGGAUCAUCUUCCACGACACCUGGCCUAGCGGGGAAUACGAUCGCCGGGGCGAAAUCGCUACGUGCAACCGGUUGACCCCAAUGCUUGCUCAACAAAUCAAAGAGGAGCUGAACAACUUCAAAAUGGAGAUGGAAGUUCAUGAGAACUCGAAGAUUUACACGCACUUUUUCUGAUGACCACCACUCUUGUCAAAGAAAGAUGCAUUGUGCGGCUUACUUAUUUGUUUCGCAGGGGGUUCGCAAGGACCUCGGCCGUGUAUUUCUUCCUUCCUUCUCCCUUCCCUCUUUUUCUCUGGUAAUCUAC